AUAACAAAACAUCCCACCCUCAAUAUAAACAACAAGUAUAACGUUGGCAACCCGCGCGUAACUCAACUAAUAAUUUUCACAAACAUGUCGUCCGACGGUGAAAAGGAGAAAUCUACUGAAGAUAUGGCGAAAGAUAAAUGUGAGACGGAUGCGGCGACAACGGCGGCGGUGGCAAAAGAAAGUCAGGAGGGCGCUGCAGCCUCGAGCGCCGAUGACAAACAGGUCGAAGAAGCUGAUGGUGAUAAAGAUUUGAAUCCGGCGGCGACGGCGGUGCCUGCUGAGGAGAAAUCUAAAGAUGAAAAAUCAGAAGAUAAAAAAGACGACCCCAAAGAAGUUAAGAAAUCUGAAUCGGAGAAUAAAAGUCAGGAUGGUGAAAGCAAAACUGAUGGUCAAGGCGACAGUAAAGUUGAUGCAAAAGUAGAAAAGAAAUCUGCAGAAAAAACGGAAGAUAAAGAGAAGAAUGGAACAGCGGACGAGAAAAUGGAGGAUGAUGCUGAUGAUGGAAACGAGAAAAAGGAAGAAGAAGACGAAGAGGAUUUAAAGGCACCGAUGCCUUUAGGUGAAAUCGCGAAAAUCAAUGAUAAUAUCACUAAAACAAAAGUUGAAGGCCUUCAAACAUUACACACGAUCCUAUACGACGUUCCGGGAAAAGCAAAUGUGGCUAAGAAGAAUUUAAGGAAGUUUACCGGAUUUAACUUCAAUAAAACAUCAGAUCAAUAUAAAUCCAAAAUGGAAGCGAUAGAUAAGUUUGAUAUCAAAUUAUUACAAGGCGUUUGCGAUAUCCUUGAUUUAGAAAAUACAGGAUCGAAGGAUGAAGUAUCCAGCAGAGUAAUGGAAUUCCUACUUUGUCCCGAAGGCGAGCCUGAGAAAGAGGAAGAAGAGGAGGAAGAAGUUGAAGAGGAGCAGGAGGAAGAGGAUGCUGCCGAAGAAGCAAUUUCUAGUGAGGAGGACAAACGUAAACGAAAACGUGUUCCAGAACGUACUACAAAAAGUUCGGGUCGUCCGAGGCGAUCAACAGCUGGUAAAAGUAAUAGAGAUCUUUCUGCAUACGUGGAUUAUUCAAGUUCAGAUGAAAGUGCUGGUCGCAAAUUCCAACCAGCCAAACGACGAAGAAGAAAGAAUGAUUCGGACAGUGGAUCGGAUUACAAUCCGUCUGCCGGUGGAUCGGAUUCUGAUGGUGCACGCAAACGAGCGUCAGGUGCAGGUCGAGGAAGGGGUAGGCCAGCCGGUAGAAGAGGCCGACGAAGAGAUUCAGAGUCGGAAGAAGAAUCCGCGUCGUUUGAUGAAGAUAGUGACGAACCGAAGAAGAAGCGCGGAAGACCUGCUGCACGCCCGCAAGCGAGAAAUAAGAGGGGAAGAAGGAGGAACGAAACUGAAUCAGAAGAAGAGGAGUCAGAUCUUGAAAGUGAUAAUAGUGAGGAUAUGAAAAAGAAGAAAUCUAGGACGCCAGCGAAAGCAAAUAAUAAAGCAAGAGGUACACCCGCAAAAGCGGCUCGUGGCAAAAAACCCGGUAGGCCCAGGAAAGCUAAUUCAUCAGCAGAUGAAAAUGAUAAAGAUGAAUCGGAAGAUGAACCCUUAUCGAAAAGGUCGAAAAAUAUGCCACCAACGGAUGAAGAAAUUAAGGUAUAUGUGAAAGAAAUUCUUGAUGAGGCCAAUUUAGAAGAGAUUACAAUGAAAACAGUUUGUAAGCAAGUCUACGCAAAAUAUCCAGAUUUUGAUCUAACAGAUAAAAAAGACUUUAUAAAGGCAACUGUAAAGUCGCUCAUAGCUGCAUAAAGCACAUCAUCCGUUUUUUCUAUGUCCCAAUUUAUCAUAUACGCGUGAUAUUUGGAAUCAGCAUUACAGUCAAAAUGAUGUCAUUUUAUUACUUCUUUUUUAUAUAAGUGUUAAUUAUACGUUAGAUAAAGCAAAAGAAGAAAGAAUUGUAUAAAAUCAAAACAAAAAGUUGUAAAUAAAACUCCUUGACGUUUUUCCGAAUUUGAUAACGGUCUCUGGUCAGUACAAAAUUUUAUUUUAGAGAUUCUAUUCUAAUUUAAACGUGAAAAUGAAACGAAAUUCCGAUUUGACAAUGCAAUGAUAAAAUACAGAUCAGAUAGGGUUUUAUUUACAUACUGCACAGAUAGUUCGCGGUCCCAAGUAGAGUUCUUAUCGACGGCUCAGCUUCGGAGGGCUACUGGUCGGAUUUUGGAACUCGCUAAUUUUCUGUUGCACGUGGAAAUGUUGACAAUUUUAGGUAUGCUUGUUUUUAUGCGAGUUCUCAAAAUAUUAAAUCUUGUUUGCUCUACUGUGGAGGAAGCAUAUUCUUACUGCAUUUGAUCGGCAUCGAAGAAUAUGCGUGCGUUUUGUCAAUUUCAAAAAAUAUGUUAAACAUAUUAGCGAUUUCUUCAAACCGAACAGCGGAGUCACCGAGUAACCACUCGGUUAAGGGUUAGAUGAAAUAAAGUCUUUUUAAACAUCUUUAUUAAAGUCGUUUAGUUUUGACCAUAAUGCGAAAGAUAUAUCCUUUUAAAAUAUUAUAUAUAAUUAAUUCUAAUUAUAUAUUAUCAGCUUUUAAGUCUAAUACUUGUAAAAACAGAUGGGUGGUUAUAUAAUAUAUAUAUUUUUGACGUGUGCGAAUUGUAUGAUAAUGUACAAAACUGUUAAAUGAGAUCACAUAUUGAGAGAGCAGCAUUCUGCAUAAUUCGUGCUGCACUGAAAUAAGAGAACAGAUGAGAAAAUUAAAAUAAAUAAAUAAAAAAUAAUUCUAAUUUGUGUAGAUUAGAUGUUGUUUGCGUUGCAAUAGUGAUUAUCUUUCUAUUUCUCACACACAUAAACUUCUACUACUGAAACCUACUAUGAUGCAUUUCACUUGAAAUCAAAUCCGACAUACAUACGUAGAGCAAUAGAGGUAAUAACAGAAAAGAAUGAAAAAAAAUACAACUACAUGUAUUUGUUUCCUGUAAUUUUGCAUACAUACAUACCAUUAAUUUGAAAUAAAGAAAAACUUCUUGAAGUAGUAUUUGUAGUCUAAAA